ACGACUCGGAUCCUUGGAAUCCCCUCCUGGUGUCUAGGUUGAACCGAACCAAAACCAUCGAGAAAGUGUUCCAAGACGUGGACAGAGUUUCUGGGCACGUCGGCCAAAUGCAUACCCCUUGUGACGGCGCGUAACAACGCCGGCGUCACAGCUCUUCCUAAACGACACCCAACAAACACGAAGGGCCGAACAGAUAGCAAGGCUGUAUGUGAGGGUACCGCUAGCGGUAUGAAUAUGAAGCCCGGUGCUCAUUUAUUGGGGAUUGGUGCCGCCGUUGGUGCUCCUCCUAGAUCACACCCAAUAAACACUAAGGAUCAGACGGAUAACGAGACAGCAUACAAUGAUACCGUCAGCGGUACGGAUACAGAGCCCAUUUCUCAUUCACCGGAUACCAGCGUAACAUCGUAUGAGACAGCGUAUGGUGAUGCCGCCAUUGGAACUCUUCCUAAACCACACCUAACAAACACCAUGGACCAAACGGAUAAUGAGGCAAAUGAUACCGCCGAUAAUAUGGAUAUAGAUUCAACUGCUCAUUUACCAGAGGUUAAUUUGGCAGUAUAUGAUGAUGCUGUCAUUGGAACUCUUCUUCAACCAGACCCAAAAAGCAUUAAGGACGAAACAGACAAUGAGGAAACAUAUAAGGAUACCGCCAACGGUAUAGAUACAGAGUCCAGUGCUCAUUCACCAGAGAUUAGUGGCCUACCAAAGGUCAAAGUUGAUAGCAUAGUUCAAUCCCAAGUGGUUGAUAAUUCCAACCCCCCAGAGGCUAGAAUCCCAACAAUUGGGUUGUCCACGGAAGAAAAGGAGAAAGACGAGAGUGAAUGUGGCGAAAGCGAGUCAUCUAUCACACACUCGCACCAUGAAAUAACGCGAAUUUUCCCGCCAGGCAAGCGGUUGGUUCAAAGAAUAAUCGCCCGCUGCCGUGGGUUUCUAUCUGCCCCCCGAGUGAGCACCUAUUGCGGUUUUAGGUCUGUGUCGCCACAGUAUACCGGCAAUUCCAGCCCAAUUCCCCAUUUCAAGGAAUCUAGGACUGGGAAACGGAAAUACGGAGAGGUUUUUCCUGAUGAUUCGACUCAGGGCCAGGUACACGGGAAUGACGGCGAGGAGAGCCGACCCGUCGUCGGCCGUCGACGGAAUAAAAGACAAGCCCGGACAAGGAACUUCGCUUGCGCGUUCAACGUCUUCGAUGAUUGGAAGUACUCUGGCUCGUUCUCACUACGAUAUGCAUCCUGCGGAAAUAAUGGAUUUGACACAAUCAGUCACUACAAGCAGCAUAUAAGACGCAUUCACAUCCUACAUCAAUGCUCUCGAUGCGAGGAGAUCUUUAGGCAGCAAGGGGAUCUUGAAACUCACCUACUUGAAGAUCCAAGGUGCGAGGAAAAACAGUUCAUACGGAAAGACGGCUUGUCCCAGACCGAAUGGGAGGCUGUAAAGAAAGCUUUCGAGCACCCGGAUGACCGUUACGACGACGAGAAACGGUGGUUUCGUGUUUGGGAUGUAUUAUUCCCUGGAGUGACAAGGCCUCCUGACCCUUAUUACAGAGACUGUCGCCUUUCUUCACGUGACAGAGUCAUCGACUAUAUGAAAAACCACCGAGCCGAACAUUCUAUCGGAAACGACGACAACGUGAUGAGAAUGGUGAUUUCUGCUCUGAAUAACGCCAUGCCAAGCGCGCCACCUAUUGAGUUAGAUGCUGGUAGCUUCAACGCUUCACCGAUGCAAGCACCAACAGCAAAUAAUGACACAAAUUCAGCCCAAAGGAACAAUCCGAGUGCUGGUGUGCCCAGUAUAUCUGAUUCUACUGAAGGCACCACAACCCAUACAUAUACGUCACUCUUAGGGCCGGGGACUGUCGUCUCCAGUACAUCUUUCCCGUCAAGGCAGCCAGUAUCAUCCAAUACUGACAUAUCAAAUACCACCUCCGACGUAUACCAAAGGAACGACCCGAACGCCAAUCCGUAUAAUAUGUAUGACACGUCCACCGGUGCUUGGCCAAUGCCUGCAGCCGUUACGGAAUUUGUUGAAAUGCAGGACUAUCAGGAUCACGAAGAAAGCACCGAGGAACGAUGCAGACAUGCUCGAUUAUCUGGUCCGCGUUCUGAUGAUUCAGCAAUGAGCCAAUUCGAUCAGCAGUCCGACUAUGUCACUAUGAGCCAAGUCUAUUUGAGCGGUGGUCUUCCGACCUCAGUGCAGUUUAAUGAGGAAGUCGAUACUGACUCCCAGCGCGAUUCCAUCUUUAAUCUUGACGACACCAAUAAUGAAGAUCAACACACCGAUUCUUAAGUGUUUCGAGUGCGGACUGGUGUCAUUAAGGCACCUAAAGGGUCAUGAAGAUACGAUUGGUAGGUGGUAGAUGGGAUUUAUGACACAGUAUAUGUUU